AUGGACAAGGCACUGGAUAACGACCCGACCAGCAACCACACUUUCUUGAAGCAGAGGGAAAGCUUGGUUGAGAGAAAACGGGAGGAUCCAAAAAGCCGCAUCACUUCUUCAGCAAAUCCGUUUGGGCUGAAUGGCGAGAGUGUUAGCGUGGCUGAGCGGAGGACACAGGGGCUGAAGGGUCCAAAAAAACAAUUCAUUGAUGCUACGGCCUACGAGAAGCGAUUUGGGAUGCCACCGCCACCUGACAAGGUGAAGACACAAUGGUUUGGGGGUGCCUUGAUCACCGGCGUGGAUAUCAUCAAAGAUGAGGACAUCGGGGUCUAUGAGUACGUUGAUGAGACAGCCACCUCAGUGGAAAGAACCACUUUGUUGUCUACGCCUGAGACCAUUUUGAGUGCAGACCAAACAACUACCAUUCACACGGCUGCCUUGAAGCAAUUUGGCAAAUCGGACAACACCGAUUGUGUUACUCUGUCGGCUCCUUCCCAUGCGUCCAGUUGUGCAGCAACACCAACACCAAUGGAAUGCGCUGACACUAACGGUGAAUGUGCUGAAGGUGAAGAUGAAGGUGACGAUGAUGAGUGCACACUCUUGAGCAACGACCCUUUUGCCAACCUCUUCUGUCGUAUGAAAUUGGGGCAUGAGAAGAAGCGCACAGCUUCGCAAGCUGGUGGUCUUGAACCUCAAGCAAAGACCAAGGCCAGCAAGAACAACAAGGCUGCUGGACCAAAAGGUCCUGGAAAAGGUCCUCGUAAGCGCACUGGUCCCACGAAUGACGAGAACGCUGACGACUUCCGUAAACCAGCUCCAGUCCCGUCCAAUGAAGACGACAAGCAGCUCAUUGCAUCCUAUGAGGAGCAGUUGUCGAAAUUGAGCAUUCUUGACCCUCCUUCAGCUGAUGACAAUGGAUUCAACCCAUGGGCCAAAUCCCGUCAAGCUGAGCUGACUGGAUUGAAAUCAGGCAUCCAGCUGAAAAAGAAGUCACUGAAUCGCCGCAAGCGAGAUUGCGUUGAAGAGCUUACAGCUGCAAUGACCCACAUUGUGACUGAAAUCGACAAAAUGUGUGACUUCUUGAAGGCAUUGAUGAUGGGCACCAACCAGGGAUGUGGGAUCUACGACAAGCUCAGUGCUUAUGCAGAGUCAGAUGGUCCAGACCUGAAGCUAGCGCAAUGGUCAAAGUACUUCACAGAGACUCGUGGACUUUGCUUGGAACGCUUAGGGGAAGACGAUGGCAGCGAGUACUUCAUUCUUCUCACCAGUCAGUUGAUGCAAAGGCUUGUCAAAAACGUGCAGAAGGUGAGCUGGACCAGCUUGGAGUUUCUGGUAGGCUUUGUUGAGGCAAUGUCCGCGGCUUCCAACACGGUGUUGACCACGGAGCACGAUCGGGAAGCCUUCAAAUAUGUUCAGGCCAUUAUCAGCAAAGCUUCUUCGCCAACGCUCGUGAAAGAAGCCGUGCCUGCUUUCAGCAAGUCUAGCUACUUGUUUGAGAACUGGAUGGUGCAAGCCUUUAACCUUCAGAACGGGAAGAAGAUUCUGUCAUUUGCUGAAGAAAACGCUGACAGCAGAGAGUCCCAGUCUCAAACUAUUGGAGCGAUCUCAGCUGCCUUGACUGAUUUGGCCGCCAUUGAUGCCCAGCGUGACGCAGCCGACAUGAUCUAUGACGAAACGGUCGCAAAUAAGAUCAAAGCCGCGCAUAAGGCCACUCAAGAGAAAGGCACCAAGUCACUCAAGAACGCUGAUCGCGAGCAAAUGAACAAGCUUUCGAACAUGAUCCUUCAAACUACUUUCCAGGCAGCCCAGUCAUUCAUUGAGAGAGAGCUCAUGAGUUACUUGAACAAGCUAUGUGAAUCCGUCUCGAAGAAGCAAGCUAUUUGUGGUGAUGACCUUCAAUUGCUUCACCGAGACUCUUGCAUGGUCCAUUUGCAGAGCAGUGGCGUUUGCGAAAAGGAACUCCCUGUGAUCAGUGAGCUUGGCAAGUUUGGAAAGUAUGUUGAGGACCUUGCCAAGACUGUGAACAAAUCCAUUGGGGGAGGGCUUUCGCCAGAUGAUUCGCAGGCUGCCUUGGUUGAGUGGAAUGAAAAGAAACGGUCACUGUUGGCCGUCGUGGAGAGCACCAAGAACCUUCGGAGACAGGUGUUUGAUGAGUUGAACACAACAGCAGAUCAGCUGAGCACUGUCUUGACAAGUGCCUUGCAAUCCUGUGUGAAUACACAGGCUGUGGACGCUGCCAAGGUGUGUGCACAGCUUCUUGAGAGCCAGCUGGCUCCGGGCCACCACAUCACGGAAGAGAAGUUAGCUGAGUGUGAAAAACAUGUGGAACAAGCCAAAAUGCUCAGCUCCGUUUUGGGAGAGAAUGGUGCACUUUUGCGCAAGGGGUUGGCCAUCAUGCAGGCUGCCAUCAUUUGCAAGUUUGGGUUUGAACAACAUAUCCACUAUAUUGGGGACAUGGAUACAUCAUCCCGUGAGAAAUGUCGAGCAUCAGAGCUGAAGGGCAUCAAACAUUUGAGACCGCUGCUGAAAGAUGGUGAAACAGACAAGCUGAGGAAUGAGCUUUGUGCAUGCCUCAAACUCAUGAACUACACGCCCAUGAAAGACGGUACUAUGCUUGAGGAGUUGAGUCAGGCUGUGGUCGACCUGAUGAAGAAGCUUUGGGAAGACACAAAGGCUUUCAUUGAGGCACGAAGCAACGAGUUUGCUGAGAAACACAAAGAGCUUUCUGGUACCGCAUCUGUUCUUGUGUUGCCGGAUGAAAUCACUACCAUUUCCGAUGCACAGCAUCUGCCAAAGAUGCAGCCGGAAGUCCCGAAGAUCUUUUCCAAUGAGGCAACAACUGGAGCUGCUGCUUGCUGUAAAUCCAUUGAGGAACACAUGCUCAAUCUCGAGCUUCUUGCUCAGAACAUGGAUUGCCCCUCCCAGGAGAUUUUUGACAUCGGCAAAUUCACGGCUAUCAGGCAGCAAACCCUCGAGUGGCUGGCUACGGGGCAUCUACUGAGUUGUCUUUGCUCGAAGGCUGUGGUGCGAAGUGUGCUCGCCAGCAGUGCUUUGGGAGAGAAGUCUGCGAAGCACAUUAGCAAUGCAUUAUCCGUCGCGACUGAGAAGAGCCUUGAAAUCCCGGCAGGACUCCAAGCUCUUGCCACUAAACUUGCUAAGCCGAAAUCAAGCUAG